AUGGCUCCCUACCUUCUCAUCUUCUUCCUCUUCACAAACAUAGCAUCUUCAUUGUUAUCGGAGGAAGAACCGGUCGCCAUUGUCUUUAGGUUUCAACAAUAUCUAAACACAACAUCUUCAUUCUUAUCAGAGAAAGAAACAGUCGCCAUUAUCUCUAGGUUUCAACAAUAUCUUCAGAUAGACACAGCACACCCAAACCCUAAUUACUCUCUCUCUACAGCUUUUAUUCUCUCUCUAGCCCAAGCCAUUGGUCUCGAGUCUGAAACCCUAGAAUUCGUUGAGGGAAAACCAGUAGUCAUCCUCAAAUGGCCUGGGAAGAAAACCCAUCUGUCCUCUAUACUCCUUAGCUCUCACACUGAUAUUGUUCCAUCAGAGAAUCAGAAAUGGGUUCACCCACCAUUAUCGGCUCACAUCGAUCAUAACGGAGAUAUUUAUGCGAGGGGCUCACAGGACAUGAAAUGUGUGGGUUUACAAUAUUUGGAAGCCAUUAAAAGGCUGAAAAUAAAUGGGUUCGAACCAGUUCGAACUGUGUAUCUUUCUUUUGUACCAGAUGAAGAGAUCGGGGGAAAAGAUGGAACCGGAGCACUCGUAAACUCGAAGAAUUUCGAGGAAAUGAAUGUUGGGGUUGUUCUGGAUGAGGGUGUAGCUUCACCCGACGAGAAUUACAGGGUUUCUUAUGGGGAGAGAAGCCUAUGGUGGCUGGUUAUUAAGGCAGUAGGGAGCCCUGGUCAUGGUUCGAAACUUUACGACAAGAGCGCAAUGGAGAAUUUGCAGAAGAGUUUGGAGAGUGUUUGGAGUUUCAGAGCUUCACAGUUUGAUUUGGUGAAAUCUGGGUUGAAGAAAGAGUGGGAGGUGAUCUCAGUGAACCCGGUAUUCCUAAAGGCCGGCAUGCCUUCACCUACGGGUUUUGUUAUGAACGUACAACCAUCUGAGGCUGAGGCGGGUUUUGAUAUUCGGGUGCCACCACAUGCUGAUUCUACUUCUCUUGAAAGGAGAAUUGAAGAAGAAUGGGCUCCUGCUUCUCGUAAUAUGACAUUUCAGUUCAAGGACAAGUUUCCAACUGUUGACAAGUUUGGUAACCCUGCUUUCACGGCAACUGAUGCCUCCAACUCAUGGUGGACCCUUUUUGAGGAGGCCGUGAAGAAAGCCCAUGGAAACCUCGCAGAGCCCGAAAUUUUCCUGGGUGGGAGUGAUGCUCGCUAUUUUAGAGAGAGAAACUUACCGGUUAUAGCCUUCUCUCCCAUAUCAAAUACACCUAUAUUGCACCAUCACCACAAUGAGUUUCUGAACAAAGAAGAGUACUUGAAAGGAAUCAAGGUUUAUGAGUCGAUCAUCAAGACUUUUGCUUCUUUCGAUGAGCCCAUAAAAGAGG